GGAAGUUCCGGUGGGAGCGCGUCGGGGAGCCGGGAGGAGCGCGCUGGGCCCGCGGGAGAGGUGCCAGUGUCUGAGUCCCUCUCAGUGUAUGUGUGGUAACAACAUGUCUGUCCCCCUCCUCGCUGACGCAGUGACUGUCUCAGGGGCAGAGCGGGAGACUGCCGCGGUCAUUUUUUUACAUGGCCUUGGAGACACGGGGCACAGCUGGGCUGAUGCUCUCUCCUCCAUCCGCCUCCCCUACGUGAAAUACAUUUGCCCUCACGCGCCUCGGAUCCCGGUGACCCUCAACAUGAAGAUGGUUAUGCCCUCCUGGUUUGACCUGAUGGGAUUGACUCCAGAUGCACCUGAGGAUGAAGCUGGGAUCAAGAAAGCUGCAGAAAACAUUAAAGCGAUUAUCGAGCAUGAGAUGAAGAAUGGGAUCCCACCCAACCGCAUCAUCCUAGGGGGCUUCUCACAGGGCGGCGCCCUGUCGCUGUACACGGCUCUCACCUGCCAGCACCAGCUGGCCGGCAUCGUGGCGCUCAGCUGCUGGCUCCCGCUGCACAAGGCCUUCCCGCAGGCGGCGAAUAACGGUGUGAACAAGGACAUCGCCAUCCUGCAGUGCCAUGGGGAAAUGGACCCCAUGAUCCCCGUCCGCUUCGGGGCUCUCACUGCUGAGAAGCUGAAAUCUGUCGUCACCCCCACCAAGGUCCAGUUCAAAACCUACCCCGGCGUGAUGCACAGUUCCUGUCCUCAGGAGAUGAUGGCGGUGAAGGAGUUCAUCGAGAAGCUGCUGCCCCGGAUCUAAGCGGAGCCAAUCGAGACUGUCGCAGGGAAGGAUGCUGAGGUCGCAGCCGCCGAUCUUUCCCCCGUGACCUGUCCGCUGCAAACGGAAGCCAUGGCACCCCACUGCACCUCCUGCCGCACCCCGGCCCCCGCCUCUCCCCAUCUCCUCGCACGGCGUCCUCUCCGGCUGGGGGUGCCCCGUCUCUCCCUGCUGCUCUCGGAGCUGAGAUUGGAGCUGUCUAAGGCGAGUCUUCGAGUGGCCUUUUCUCUCCUCCUCUUGCUCCGAGCGGUUUCUGUGGGGGUCACCACCCCCUCAACUCCCCAUCCAGGCACCGCGGGGUGUGGGUCUGGCGUGGUGCGGGUGACCUGUUUCUCUUGGGUUUGGUUUUUUUCUUUUGUGACAGUAUUAGAGGGGGUGGGACGUGCCCCUGUGCGGCGGGAGGAGUGGUGUGGGCACAUGGCAGGGCUGGGGCAACCUCUGGAGCCUUCCGUGGCCCAGAGCCGCCCUCUGCCCUCGGCCUGUCCUCUCCGCGGCUGCUCUCGGCCUCCGCUCAGGCGACUCACGGGUUUUCGGUCAGAGCUCAGGAACCCGGGACUCUCCUGCAAACACCUCACGGCCCAGGGGAGAGGCUCUGCUCUGGGCUGGAACUGCCAAAGGCUGCCCCGUCUCCCGGGGCUGGCAGAAAGGCCCCCGCACAGCUCCUGCACCUCCUGGCACGGGGCCCCGGCCCCUGCCCUGUCGCACACGCACACUCCCCGGCGGGCGGCCAUCGGCUGGUGGCAGCUCUGCCCUCCUCGAGAUAAUCGCCCCCUUCCUCCUUCUCCUCUUGUUGCUUUUACAAUCUCCCCCUCAGCCCGGCGGGGGGGUCCCAAAGGCAUCUCUCCCUCCCUCAGCCCAGCUCUGCGCCCUCAGAGCCCCAAAGCGCUGCCGUUUACAGCCGGUGUCCGAGCGGCUUCGCCGUGGAGCCCGCCCGGCGCUGGCCUGGUCCUUAAUGUCUCUCUUGCUGCUACUUCUCCUUCCCUUUGGACUUGGGCUGGCUCGGGGAGGGAGAGGUGAGGGGAGGGGAGGCCCCCAGCCCCCAGGGAUGGCUCCUGGCCCAGCUGGAGGAAGCAGGUUUGCUCCCAGCCAUCAUCUCACCAGCAUCGAACACCUGGGUGCUGCUGUGCCCCUUCCUGCGGGGCGGCGCGGGGCUCCCCGUGCUCCCCAGGGCCGCGGGACAACCCGGGUACAAUCACAGCUUCCCCCGGGGUCCCUCGCCCUGCCGGCUGGUGGCUGACGCCAAGGCUUGUCCCCUCUCAAGGCUUGUCCCCUCUCGAGCCGUGGCUGGCUGGGGCGUGGGGCCAGGGCUGGGACCGUCCCCACCAGCAGAGCAGCUCCCCGGGCACGGGGCCAUGAAUGUCUCCUCAGCGGUGGGCUCCUGGCCGCCCCCUCCCCUCCCGCAGGGCCCAGGGCACUUGCUGUUGAGCAGCACUGCCCUUCUCCUCGCCUCUCCUCCAUGGGCUGAGCCCGCAGCACUCUUGGGCCCUUUGGGGCUGGAGCUGUACAUGUCUUUUAAAAAAAAUACACCACAAAACCCCCCCAGCCUGCAGGCUGCCGCUCCCUCCUGUCCAGCCCCUCGCCCCAGGGCCUCUGCUCGGUGGCCGGUGGCCAGUGGCGGUGGCGGGCUGUGGCCAGGCUCGCAGUGCCAAGGCCAGCACCUCUCCGAGGGCGAGGGCUGCUCCAGGAGGGAAGCGGGGGGCUUGGGGCGGCAGCUGUGCCGCAGCCGUGCCCUCCCCGCCUGGGAUGUGCAAAGCAAUAACCUGCUCUCCGGGGAGUCGGAUCUGUCAGACCCAUCCUUUGUUGGUUUCUUGGCUUGGCUUGGGUUGGGGUUGGGGUUUGGGUUCUGGUUUCCUCCCCCCACCCCUCUCCUUAGGAAGUCUUAAGCCAGCAAACCCGCUGCCGGUGUCGGGGGGAGCCUGGCUCUUCCCCUUGCUUGGGGUUCAGUCCUGCUGUUUCUUCUACUUUGUUCGAAAGCUGCUGUCCCCUGCACGGGGGGCUGGCUGGGGCGGGGGGCAGCUCCCCCCCAGGUUACCGAGGGCUGGCGGACGGACAGACGGACCUAUUUGACUGUGAACUGGAACCGUGUGCGUGGCGGGGGCCCGGGGCCACCCUGGGCACAGCACGGGUGGCCACGCUGGCCCCUUUGCAGAGCAUUCCUGCUCGCUCCCUGCCCCAGCGGCACGCACCUGGCCGGGGCGUGCUGAGGACCUGGGAGGGAGAACGGCUUUUCUCCAUUCCUCAAUACAGCUUUUUUUUUUUUUUUUUUACUCUUUUUUUUUUUUCCCCCUCUCUUCUUUUUUCCCCCCUUCCCCUCCUCUCUUUUGUCUUCCUUGUAAAUGUUUGGGGUUUUUUGUGUGUGUGUUCCACAGAGUCAGAACCAAGGUUAAAUAAAUCAGAAACCUCUCCCAGA